AUGAACACUUAUCCUCAACAAGUCAUUGAUGCCGACGCUAACUGUAAUGACAAGGUGAAGACUCUGCAAGCAGAAACCGAGUCUGAGGCAAACCAGGUACGCAUUGAUUACAGGAAAAAACUUGAACGUUUAUUUGAGCAACGACAGGAGAGUCUCGACAAAAUAGAGGGCUUCUGGAGUGGUGUCUUGGCAGCCACUGAUACUCCAUUAAAGCCAUUGCUUAAUGGCACAAUCGACCCCAAAAUUGUUCGUGCAAUUACGAGUUUCAAGGUAACCACAUUCGUUAAGGAUGGUUUACUAUGUCGAAAUGUUUCCGUUGUUCUCCGCCCCAACAUGUUUGCAGAACAAGGAACUAUUCAUCGCGCGGUGGAUACCCAUCUUCAGACGCUUUCAAUGGAGCCCAUCAAGUGGAAGUCUGGAACGGAACGCGCGCGUCAGGACUCCGUUUUUAGGUUUUUUACACCCGGGUGUGAUGAUGAAGGUUUUAUUGAUGAUGCAUUGGACGCUUUUGACACGGUUUUCCAGAACCCAUUUUUGGCACUUGAGCCUAAUGAAGAUUAA